AUGGACAAGAUCAGUCUUGUCCACCUCGUCAACGACGAGUGCUUCGGUGGGGUGCUCUUCACUUCCCUGAUCAAGCUCGGGUUCUGCAUGGACACCACCCCGGACUGCGUGAGAAGCUACCUCACGAUGUGGAGAGUGUCUCUGGAAACUGCGACCGAGUCAGUGGAGCGACUCCAGGACUGGCUGGCCGAAACAAGCUCAUGGAACUUGUUCGAGCUGCACAUCGGCACGGUGGAGUCUCACAUGAGGCAUCGGUACAACCUAGCCCUCUCUACGGAGGAGUACUCCUCCUUGGGCGUGCUGGGGCAUACUGUUACGGGCUGCCUCGCUCUGGCGGAUGCCAGGAAAGCCCCGUGGUCCGAGCACUUCAUCGACAACAGUCCUGGUCUCACGGUAGCCCGCGCGCAGGAGACGUGUCGCAGCAUCUGUGGGAAGAGCCAGGACGAGCGGGGAAGGGCUUGGUCUUCGCACGCCCUCUUACCGCUGAGACAGGAAGGCCUUCUCGACGGCUACCCCUGCUUCUGCUCUGGCUUCACAGAGGGGGUGCCGGGCAACUGCUCCAAGCCGGGCUUCGUUCCCCUGCGAUCGCUGCCGCGGCGUGGCAUUUCGCCCCUUUCCUCCUUCAGCGUGCUAUCGCAAGCGACUGCGAUACUGCCACGCCUUGAUGCGGAGGCCCCAGUCUUCGUGACGAUGGUCUUUGGGAAGAUGGCGAAGCACCUCGAGCCCUUUUCGAAGCGAGUUAGGAGCCUCGAAAUGCCGAACGUGGUGGUCUUUGCUCUGGAUGCU